GCUCGUCGUUUGCGUGCAUGCACGAAUUUCGAAAGAAGCAAUAUCAGACGCCGUGUUGUUUGUGUGGGUGUCGCAGUUGUUGAUCACAACAGGUAUCAUCACACACGCCACCUCCUCUUCCGCUCGUGUGUGUGUGUGUGUGUGUGCCGCAUUCCCCCAACCCACCCACCACCAUCAGCACCGGCAGCAACAGCAGCAGCAAGUACCAAUCCCUCACAUCAAUCCUCGCGAAGCUGCAGAGCAACACCUGUGGUUGCUCUGUGUGUGACAACUUACAUUUCCAACAGCCUUCCGACAGAGCAUCAGCAUCACCAUCGCGUUUGGACGGGACGCGAGCCACAACCAACCCAGCACACCAACCAACCAGCCAACACACCAACCACUCCUCCCUCGAGCCUUGCCUCUCACCCAAACACGCGCCACACCCCGCCCUCCUCCCUACACGUGCCGCCAACUUUGACCAACGCGAACAACACGCGCACGUCUCUGCACGUGCCCAUUGACACGCAGUCCCAGUCCAAGUCUCAGCGCAAUGGCCGCCGAUACGAUGUAUGCCGAGCGGUUGCUGCGCACCGUCCUGGCGCAUGCCACCCCAUCGCUGACCUUGGAGUAUUCGUGCGACGGAUCCCUGCUGGCGUCCGCGUCCAAGGACAAGACCGCCAAGGUGUUCAACACAGCCAACUUUGACGAGGUGCACACGCUGCGCGGGCACCAUGACCGCAUCAACGGGCUUGCCUUCUCCCCGCGCACCCGCCACAUCCUGGCCACGGCGUCCAAGGACAAGACCGUCCGCAUCUGGAACACAGACACAGGGAGCGUCAUGCGCACGCUGCGCGGCCACAGCCUGGAGGUGAACGACGUCUCGUUCGCGCCGGACGGCCGCACCAUCGCCUCCUCCUCAACAGACGAGAGCGUCAUCCUGUGGGUCACGGGCACGGGCGAGAUGCUGUCCAAGCUGGUCGGUCACAGUGCGCCCGUCUUGGCAUGCUGCUUCUCGCCACCGGGCCGCCGCCUGAUUGCCUCGGGCUCCGAGGACCACACACUCAUCAUCUGGAACGCGGCCACGCGGCGGAAGCUCAAGGCGCUGACGGGCCAUCGCGACGCCGUCACAGACGUCAAGUUCAGCCCGCUGGACGACCGCAUCGUCAUAUCUGCUUCCCGCGACACGACCAUCAUCGCGUGGAGCAUCGACAACGGCAGCCAGCUCAUGGUGUUCCGAGGGCACACGGACAUUGUCACUGGUGUCGCCUUCUCCCCGGACGGCUGGCUCAUGGCGUCCACGUGUGCAGACACGACAACGCGCAUCUGGAACCUGCAGAGCUGCAAAUGCGUCUCCAUCUUGCACGGGCACAGGCAGUGCGCCUCUUCCUGUGACUUCAGUCCGACUGGCCAGACGGUGGCCACAACCUCGUGGGAUGGAAGCAUCAAACUCUGGGACAUAUCACAUGUGCCAUCAGCUGGACGAACGCCAGAGGGGAAGGUGCUGCCAAACGGUGAGCUGUCGAAGCAGAGCGCUCCCAAGCUGCUGGCGGGCGCGCCCUCGCCCAAGCAGUCGCCGACAUCCACACCAUCACAGCAGUCACCCCCACACCCUCCAUCACAGCAGCAGCAGCAGCAACAGCAGGAUGUGCGAAAUGAGGCGACAAUGACGGCUGCGCGCCAGCUGCCGGCUGCACCACGAACGCGUGCGUCUCGUCGCUCAUCAUCAGCGUCCAUCAAGUCGCCGCCCACCACACCGCCCACGACCACAACACCCACGCCCACUGGCACUGGCAAUGGCGGUGGCGGUGCCAUGGUGACAUCGGCGCCAGUCACACCCGCUGGUCGAGCUGGCAGCAGCAAUGCUGUGACGCCAACGACAGCACCAGUGACAGCACCAACAACCCCAGCAACAACAGCAGCAACGACAGCAGCGAAGGGCCGACGCACGUCCUCCUCUCCGCUCGCAAUCACAUCCGCAACAGCAACCACGCCAGCAGCGGCGACAGUGACAGGCACGGGGCCACCUCAGCGACCGAAGGACGUGUUUUCAUUUGACGGUACAGAAGCAGCAGAGCACCCGCCAUCUGGGAAGGCGAAACGCACACCAUCCGUUACCGUGAAUGGACGUAAUGGCGCUGAUGGUGGUGUUGAUGGUGGUGUUGAUGGUGGUGUUGGUCGUCUUGGCAGCGGCAGUGAUGGCGCUGUGUCGCCGAUUGAUCGGGCAAUGUGGGACCAAGAGCUGACGGAGAAGGAGAAGCUGCGACGGAUGGCGGAAGAGACGAAACAGGCGCUCAAGACUGAACACGAGGCGCGCACCCAGCUUGCAUCCAAGGCGCUAGCGGAGGAGGUGGAGAUUUCACGGCUGCACCGCCUUGUGCGGGAGCUGAAGGAGAAGGGCGACGAGGAGCGAAUCAGGAAGGAGUCGCAGGUGGCGGAGCUGACGCGGCGAUUGGAGCUGCUGGAACAGGCCCAGGUUGAGUCUGAUGAUAUUUCAGAACGCUACUCUGCAUUUUGGAUGACGUCAUUCGACAGCAUGACAUUCGGCUCAGUCAUCUCAUCGGGCGCGUACUGCGACGUGCACGACGGAACAUGGGGCCACACCGCUGUUGUUCUCAAGAAGUUCAAGGAGAAACUCCGGACUGCUUAUUAUGCCAAGGUGCGCAGCACAACUGUCCUUGCGCCAGACAAAGUGCUGUUGACCACAGACAUGCUGCCGAAGCUGUGCGGCAUUCGUGAGGCAAGCGCCGUCAAGCAGACAUUUGCAGCCGUUCCGUCCGAUGUUCUCGCCGUCUGCGUCUCCGAUCGCGAGAACCUGGCCGACCUCGCGGCCGAUGAUGUCUUGGCACUGGGCAAAAUUGCCCUCUCUGCAUGUACGCUGGAGCCGCCGCAGACGAGUGCACUCUCCUCACAGGCGCUGAAGAUCAAGUGGGACCCGAUCAAGGCCCUCGUUGCUCAGACGAUCAAACCGAAUCGACGAGAUCGGCCCGGCGCAAGUCUCCUGGCCGAGCUCAUGCUCAAGGUCACCAGACCGGAGGCGUGGGAUCCAUAUUGGUCGUCGGCGGAUCGGCGUCGCCUCGCCCGUAUGCCGCACGGGCUCGUGUUUGCAUAGACUGUACGCGAUCACGAUGAUGAUGAUGAUGAUGAUGA